AAAAGCAAAGCCCUAGUUGUGGGUCUAGCGGGAUACUACAUUAGGUUAUAAGCGGAGUGUGAAGCUUGAGUACUUUCGUAUCCAGGGCUCCACCAGACUUCGUGCUUAGAUUCCGCAAAAUCAUCCAUUCCUUCAAUCGAUUCUUAGUCUUCUUGUCAAUUCGCCUCGUUGCUAUUCCAAGCUUCCCAUUUAUAUCUUUCAUCGGCCUCUUUCAGUUAUUCCAUCAACGUCUCGCACACAACACGUCUGCAUCACCAACAUGACUACCAAAGCCCCCAUCGGCUUCUGCGGCCUCGGAGCCAUGGGCAUGGGCAUGGCCACCCACCUCGUCAAAUCCGGCCAUCAAGUCAAAGGCUUCGACCUCUAUCCACCCUCUCUCCAACGCUUCGAAGCCGCGGGCGGCAACCCAUCGCCAUCGCUCCUUAACUCCGCAGCCGACAUGCCCUUCUACAUCGUCAUGGUCGCGACCGCCGUGCAAGCCCAGAGUGCCCUGUUCGGCACCGCCGGGGAAGAAGGAAUCGUGCAUAAGCUGCCGCAGGGCGCGGUGCUGCUUCUUUGCUCCACAGUCCCGGCAUCGUACGCGGUGAGCGUAGAGCGAGAAUUAAAAGAAAUAGGGAGAGGUGACGUUUUCUUCAUCGAUAGCCCGGUCUCUGGAGGCGCGUUUCGGGCCGCGGAUGGGACGCUGUCUAUCAUGGCGGGUGGCAGGACUGCGUCGUUAGAGAAGGGGAUGUGGCUGCUGAAGGCAAUGAGUGCGCCUAAGAAGUUGUUUAUCGUGAAGGGUGGGAUUGGCGCGGGCAGCAAUAUGAAGAUGGCGCAUCAAGUCCUAGCUGCGAUCCAGAUACUCGUGACGGGCGAGGCGUAUGGAUUUGCGGCGCGGUUGGGUCUAGAUGCAGAUAGCGUCAGGAAAGAGAUUGUAGAGGGCGAAGCGUGGAGCUGGAUGGUCGAGGAUCGAGGGAGGAGGGUUAUUGCGGGCUUAGAGGCGUGGAGGCCGGGGGUUAGUGCGCUGACGAUUAUACUGAAAGACACCAGCAUUAUUACUUCUUCGGCGCGCCUCUGCAACUUUCCCGUACCUAUGGCAUCCGCAGCUGAGCAGGUCUAUUUCUCCGGCCUCUCGCAAGGCUUCGGCUCCGAAGACGAUGCGGGAAUGGUCCGAGUUUACUACCCCGGCCCAGUUGCGGACGUCAAAUGCGAUCUCGACAAAGAGACAAAGGCCGCCAAAUUGAAGCUUGUCGUUGACAUGCUCAUCGGGAUAUACGUUUGCGCUACAGCAGAGUCAAUAGCAUUUGCCCAGCAAGUCAAUCUGCCAUUGGACCAGCUGCACGAGCUCGCCGUCGAUGCGGCUGGUGGAAGUCAUGUGUUUCGAGACGUUGGCGCUCAAAUGAUCAAGGGGUUAACAGGGGAUGUUUCGGCGUGGUCGGGGUCGGGAAAAAGGCUGGACGAUGUAGCACAGGGCCUGUCGGAAGCUGCCAAUGAGGCACAGAGUCUGAAAUGCCCUGCGUUUCUAACGAACGCCGCACUCAGUAUGUUGACGUUGGCUAAAAGGACUGGGGAGAAGGACGCGUCGGCGGCGAGUGUGGUAAAGGUAUGGAAAUCGUAAUGUCCAAUGAGAGAAGUUAAGUGGUCAAUCAACUAUGCUGUUGCUUCAAAGUGCUCUCUUCCUUCUCACUACGCUUGUAGUAGUCCCUUUAUUCUCUUGGCCAUGAUCGUGGCAUUUCUGCGACCCUCCAAGUGAACUAUCCUGGGAAGCCUUUGAAGCCC